AUGCUGACAAUUGAAGAUUACUAUGUGUACCUCUUCCCACUGGAUGUUUUGUCUUCAGGAAGUGGUGGAAUUGCCCCAUUCCUUGGUGUCUGUGUCAUUGCUGUUGUUUUUGGUGUAGCAGAUGGUAAUGUUCAAGGCAGAAUGACUGGUGAUCUGUCCCUGAUGUGCCCAGAAUUCGUCCAGUCCUUUGCCGACAUGGCUGCAUCAGGUGCAAUAACCACGGCGUUAAGGUUCUUCACAGAAGCGGCUUUUGAGAAUUCCAGAGAUGGCCUGCGGAAAGGAGCUAAAGCUACCUCUGAGGGGUCUCAGGCAGUCACCGCAGACCUUGCUGCUGGAGGGAUCAAAAGCCUGCCAAAUCCAUUGGUUGAGGAAGAUCGUGUGGUUGAACGGUUGAACAACAAGCAGUUGCUGCAUCAGAACAUGGACUAUGCUCUGGACAUGUUUCUGAUCUAUGUCCUGACACUGUCGAUUUUCCCAGGGUACGUGUUUGUCUUGAUUGCGAGCUUUAACGUGUCGGACCUGAUUGGAAGAUACCAGCCUCUGAUCGAGCUAAUCAAGCUGACAUCCAGGACGGGGCUACUAAUCGCAGUCAUAUCUAGAUUCCUGCUCGUCCCCGCGUUUUACUUCACGGCAAAGUACGGUGACCAGGGCUGGAUGAUCACGUUAACGUCGCUCCUUGGACUCAGCAACGGCCAUCUCAGCGUCAGAGUGUUGAAUAGCUCAACUUCUCGAGGAUUGAAUAACCUUGAGCAUCGGGAGUUUUAG